GACAAAUUAAUCUUCAAUUUGGAAAAUAAGCUAGGUUCAAAACAUAAAGCUAGGCACCUUGACAAUGAGUGAAAAUAAUCUCACACUUGCUGAAAUUGCUCGGUGCUUUAGGCUUGAAGAGAGUGAAUUAGCUUCUCUAUUGGUGUCUGCUGAUAAUGAUGUUGCAGAGAGAGAAUUAGCUUCUAUGUUGCAGUCUGCUGAUAUCCUUCCACCUGAAUUAUCGAAUCAUAAAUUAGAGAAGGAAUAUUUUAUUACAGGAACUACGACUGAGGAUUUGUUUAUGAAACAAAAUGAAGUUGAAAAUUUUAUUGAGUUACAAAGAAAGUUUACUGAAAUAUGCCCAGAUUAUGCUGACGAACUAACGCCGAACAAUAGACUAAAAGCACUCGAAUUUGCUUCAAAGGUAAUUUAUGAAGUUGGACCUGCCAGCAAAAACAUGAAAGAAGUCGGUGACUGUGAUACUUGGAAGUUUGCUUUUCCAUGCGAAGGUGAUGAAGAAGGGAAAAUGGCCUUUGUUUACAGAAAUAAUUCAGACAAAUUGCAACAUACUGUAACCUCUAAAUUGAAUAUUAUUUUGUCAGUGAAACAAGCCAGCUUAUUAGCUUUAUGUACUUUGAACAAGCUUGCUGAGUUUGCAUAUAACACAGAAAACAAAAUGAUGCUCACACCUAUGGCUCGACCUUUAUUUUCAGAAGAUAAUAUUCGUAAAAUGGCAUCUGAUUUGAAUGCUAACGUCACCGAUGUUAUUAAGACAAUAAACUGUAGUGCGCAAGCAGGGGGACAUGUUCUAAUAGAAUCUGAGCUGCACUGUUCGAUACUUUGCUAUUUAGUUUUUACCAAGAAUGUUAAAGAUAAGAAAGUGAAAUUAGGUAAUAUUGGUAAAAUGAUAAACAAAUACCUUGCUGCAGGUAAAUCUUUCUCGAUAUAUAAGUUUAAGGUGUACUGCAAAUAUUCAAGUGAUGUUAUUGCAGAACAAUUGACUUAUGAGAUAUUGAAUAAUUUGCCAAAUCAUUUGAGACGAUGUAACUAAUUGACAGUCUUUUAUAAGAGCAUCAAAUGUAUAAUUUAUAACAUUUUUUUUUCAAAGUACAAUUCAUUAAAUUUAUAACUAACAUUAUAAACAGUUGUAUA